AACAUUUCUAGCACAGCUGUAAAGUUUGCACCGUUGACGUCAGACACAUUUAGUGGGACCGCUCGUUUUUUUGCCUACAGCUGUUUCAAACAAUGAUUUUUUGUGUUUGCGCCAUCAAGCAAUCCAAAUACGCAUUAUAACCAAGCAGUUAACAUGGUAACACAGCGACAAUUACUGAUAAACAGCAAGCGGGGCACCGCGACAGGGCUGUGACGGGGGGGUUAGUUAACCCGCUGCAUCGCCUGCUCCCUUGGGAAUGGGACAGUGCGUUGGAAAGCCCUAUGAUGAUGGUGCUUUGUCCCACAUCUUCUGCCUAGUCCCCAGGACUCGUCGAAAGGCAACCAAAUUUACCCUUCACAACAAGGAUGAGCCGUUGAGCCCGGAAGAGCAAGCCGUCGACGACCUAUUACGUCCAUUAUACGACCUUUCGUUAGAGGCGCGAUUUGGCACGCAGAUAUGUCAGCACGUCUUUGCAGCCCUAACUCGGGCUGCAAAGCUUGCUCUGUCGGAGCACGCCACCAGCUCGCAAGCCUCUGCUCGGCUGGCCCGGCUACGUGAGGUUGCCUGGGGGGUGGAGGAGCUACUCGCCAACUUCUCCUCCAGGGGCUGGCUGCUGCGCCUCCUGCGUAGCUCCCGCCUGGACGCCCUCAUAAAAUGGCGUCUGGACGAUGUAGCCGACCUGCUCAUCGAGCUCGCGACGCCGCCCUAUCCUGGCGCCGAGCCCUCUGGCGCCGGCCUGGCUGCGCUAGAGGAGUUGCGCAACGAGGGGCUGAAGCAGGUGGCGGCGGGGUUGCGCAGCGCGAGGCGGCUGCAGGAGGCGGUGGCCAGCCAACUGCGUCUGGUCCUGGCGCCGCAUGGUGGCGCGGGCGAUCCGACGGCGAUGGAGACGUUUCUGCGGCGCAUCAAGCCUAUGGUGCAGGGCGGUGAUGAGGACUUGCGGCAACUUGAGCUCGAGGAGGAGGUGCAGAUUGCCGUGGCCUCCAUGUCGGUUGGGCCCCACCGAGCUCUGCGGCAUCCAGACCUUCAGCUGUUCUGGUGGCGUCAUAUGGCGGGUCUGGAGGAGGUUCCCUGGAGCACGCUCUGGCCACACCUCGCCACCUUCCUCGCCAACUCGCCGCGCCUGUCGGACGGCGCCGGGAACACGCAGCUCGCACUUGAAGUGCUGCAGUCUCCCGAGCUGGUCCGUGUCCUACAAGCUGCCGUCCACCGCAUGGGCUAUGCCAACUACGUCAACGCAGCCGAGCUUGACAUGGCGUUUGGCUCCGGAACUGGCGGUGGCUGUACGACACUGGACGAGCAACUCCGCCUGCUGGUGUCUAGCGACCGUACCAUCCUGCUGGCGCGCACCAGCAAGGGCGCGCGGGCAGAGGGCUGGGCACAUGAGGCGGCAGCAGCUGCGGCUGCUAGGCAGGCGGCGGCAGUCACCGCUGCUGGUGAAGACGAGGAUGAUGAGGCGGAAAUAGAUGACGAGUGGUUUGAUGCGGGGAGCAGCUUUAGCGGAAGCGAGAACUACGUGUCCGUAGGGGCGGCCACCGAGGACGGCAGCAUGUCGUCUGCUGGUCGCCGCGCGCCGCCUAGUCAACCCACCGCAACCCCAGCCGACCGCGCCAACAUGACACCUUGGACCACCGGGCUCACCCCAUCCAUCGCCGCCUUCAGCAGCCGGCGAGAGACCCCAACCGCCAGCUUCAGGCCUGCAGAACGAGACCCCGCGGCGCGCGUCUCCGCUCCUCGGGCUGCGCCAACACCCGCCAACAACACCUGCACAGCUGCCGCAGCAAUUCCAACACCACCUGUUGCAGCUGCUGCUGCUCAGGCUGCAGCACCUCCUGUUGACGACGCCCGAAUUCGGCCCAGGAGGCUCAGCUUUGGUGGGCGUGAGCUGGCUUCGGAGCUGGCGUCACCCUCCGUUGGCUCCAUGGAGUCUGGCCUGUCGCGGCUGGUUGGGCGGGAUGAGGACUUGAAGCGCCUGAUCGACGCCAUCCUUGGCAACCCCGUUACUGGCGGCCCCUCGAGGCGGAUGCGUUCUUCCCGUGAUAAGCCCGUCAGGACGUCCACAAGUGCUGCGGCGGCGGUUGCUGCCGCGAAGUCGCAGGCCGCAGCGGCGGCCGUCGCGGCUGCCAGUGCGACUGCACCGCAGCCGCCCCCACCGGCUGUGCUGUUGGUGUCUGGCCCACGCGGUUGCGGCAAGACGGCGCUUGUUACCGCGGCGGCAGAUCGGCUUGUAUCCAGUGGUGCAUGGACCUGCGUUGCCUUUGCUGACGUGCGCUGUCUAGCGGGCGCAGAGGAGGCCGCACUGGCAAUGUCGCUGGCGCUGAAUGUGCCCUUUUACGCGGCCGACCGGGCGGCUGGGGCACGGCUGCUGUCGUGGCUGCGGACCCAUGGGUCGCGGCUGAAGCAGGGAUUGGUCUUGGAUAAUGUGGACAUGCUGCUUGGAAUGGGCAAGGAUGAGGCGAUGGAGGCUGCUCGCGUUGGUCCGGCCUUCCCCGCAACACCUCGCUCCACCGUCAGCCCCUCCCCGUCGGGCGGCGGCACAACGUCCAUCGGUGGCUACUCGUAUGCUUCCGCUGGCGGCGGCAACUCUUCCAUGGGCGGUACGGGCACCUUGUACCGCUACGGCCACUCCCAUGGCCCCAUCUCGCACCGCUCGUGGCACCGCAACACGCCGCGCCUAAGUGCAGACGCCGUCGCGGAAGACCGGCGACGUCGCAUCCUACGGCUGCUACGUGACGUGGCAGCUGCUGCUCCAGGCCUGCGGUUGGUGCUGGUUUCAGGGCCUGCUGCCACACGGGAGAUCCUGCAGGCGGCAAUGCCCCAUGGUCUCUCCGUCCGCUUCUUUUCCGUGGAGCACCUGUCCCCUGAGGCCUCCCGCCAGCUGCUGCACAACACCAUCUCAUCAGCCAACCUCAGUCACCACAACCAACCCGCCACUAAGAACAACAGCAUCAUGGAGCUGGCAGCCGAUGAGGCCCUGCGGGACGCGCAGCUCAAGGUCAUCUCCAAGGCCUGCGACCAUCUGCCGGGGCUGCUGCGGCUGGCGGGAGCGGGUGUGCGCUGCGGUACCGUGGACUUUGUCAUGCUAGCGGAGGCAGCAGCGGAGGCUCUGCGGCGAGGCAACGCAGCGGAUACACCCGAGGCAGCCCUGGCUGCCUUUGCCGCGCACUUAGUGUCCCAUAGCGUCGCCUGCCUGCCCAACGACGCGCGCGCCGUGCUGUGCUGUCUUGCCUCGCUGGGCUGCGCGCUGUGUGAGGAGGACGUGCUGGCGGCGGCGGCCUUCCUGGGCCACCCGGGGCUGGUGCGGGCGGGGCUGUGCUGCCUGUACGACAGAGGCCUGCUGUGCUUCCAGGACCUGGGUCAGCGGCACGAAGUUAUUGGCCACGUGCGCUGCUGGCUGCUGCGCAGCAGCCCGCCGCUGAUUGCGCCUGUCGUGCAUGGUACUUCAGCUGGAGGCGGCGGCAGUGGUGCGGGCAAGGGCAGCCGCAGCCCAACCAACUCGGGCGGCAGCGGGCACUCGUUUGGACGCACGGGCUCCACGAGUGGUGGUGGUAAUGGCGUGUCGGGCGCCUCGACUGGCUCAACGGGUGGUCGCGUGGAUAAGGCGUACAACAGCAUGACCUCAAAGGAGACGGGCAUUCGGUUGCGCUCCCUGGUGGAGUAUCUGGACGAGCUGCUGACUCAGGUUGGCAACCUGUACGCCAGCGGCUGCCGCAUCUCCGCGCUGCGCCUCUACAACAACAGCCGCACGCUGGCGGACCGAGCGCUGCUGCUGCUGCCCGCAUGGUUGCGCCGCGCGGGGCCAUCUAGCGCCACCGCCGCACUCUUCGCCGCAGCCAUGGCUCGCCACCUCAACGGCGUCUGCCGCCACAUCCUGCUACCCGGCCAGCUGACCCGCGCCGCCAGCGACCUCGCCCUCAUGGUCCCCGCGCUGCCCUCCCUGCAAGACCGCCUAGCUAACCACGUCGCUACCUCACGCGCGCACGUGCACCUCAUGUCCCUCCAACGCGCCGUACACCAGCUUAGCGCCGCUGAUGCGCUGGCGCAGCAGCUGUACCCCGCGCUAGCGGCGGCCCUGGAGGCGGCGCAGUACGGUGCGCCGCAGACGCCGCGCACCCCGCGAACGCCGAGGACACCGGCGAUGGGGGCCACCGUGACGCCGAGGAGUAGAGGUGUGGUGGUGGCGGGCGCUCAGCGAGCGGGUGCAGCGGUGGAGACCACGCCACGGUCGAAAGUACGUCAACUGGCAGCGGGAAAGCAGCAGGCGGAGAAGCAGCAGCCGCAAGUGCAGGCGCAAAAGCAGGUGCAGCUGAAGUUUGGCAGGAAGCAGCGCGGCAGCGGAGGCGGCGCUGGAGGAGCAAGUGGCAACGCGGUAAAGCGGGCGGCGAGCCUGUCCAAGCUGCCCCCACAGGCGGCGCAGCUGGCCCUGGCGCAUGCGGAGGUUGCAUCAGCAGCUCGGCAGUACGGCACUGCCGUACGCUUCCUCACGCUGUUCCUGGACUGUCUGACAGCAACCGGCCAAUCGCAGUCCCUGGAGGCCACGCAGGCCCACAUGCAGCUAGGCGACCUCAGCUUGAGACUGGGCCGCCCCAAGACGGAGGCUGUCAUGCAGUACGAGAUUGCAACCAACAUGCUGACUCAGCUGUACGGACAAAGCCAUUUCCGCGUCGGCCGUGCCAUGCUCGCGGCGGCGCGCUGCAGCCCGGACUUCCUGAGUACGACAGCCCUCUCCAGCUCCUCCUCCGCGGAUGGCUCCGCUGUGGACGGGGUUUCGGAACGGGACGCGGGGAGCAUCUCUAGGUUCGGCCGGCGCAAGGCGAAGUUCGCAGGCGCUAGUGGCGCGGCGGGUGCAGGUGCCGUGACCUUCCGGCGGCGGCCCAUUGCCAUUUUGCUGCAGGACUGCUUGUACGUGCAGCAGCUCUCCCAGGGCAAGUUCAACCUGGAUGUGGCGGAGGUGGAGGUGGCCCGUGGGUCGGUGCUGUGCCGCCUUGACCGUCCAGAUGAGGCGCUCUGCUGCGGAUUGGUGGCGCUGGGGAUUGUGCUGGAAGUGCUUGGGGACGGCACGCCUCAGGUGUCCGAGUGCUUGGACCUAGUAGCCACAGCCCUGCGGCUACAACACCGCCACGACGCAGCGGCGGCCGUCGCCCUGCACGCCCAUGCCAUCCGCGUGUACGACGCAGCCGCCGCCGCCGCGUCCGGCAGCGACAGCGGUGCCCUGGGCAGCGUGCCGGACAUCCGACCGCCGCCCACAGAAGCCCUGGUACGGGAGCAGCUCGCAAACCACACCACCUCAACCACCAUCAUGGUGCCCGGAAUUCCGCGGCCUGAGAUGGAAUGGCUGACGGAUCAGGAGCGCAGCGCCGCAGCUUCGGAGGUGUCCGUGUCAGUCGGAGGCGCUCGCGAGGAGGGAACUCCGCUGCUGGAGCGCUCUCCGCUGGUGCGUGUGCCGCUGCCGGACUCCGCGCCUCCCUCUCCUGGCGGUUCUGGAGGCGCGUCCAAGGGCGCGUCUUCCACGCUAGAGCCCUCGCCGUUGCUGGUGGUGCUGCUGCCCUUUGGCGGCGAUACCGGUAGCCAGCAGCAGCAAGACGCCCAGGAGCAGCAGCAGGCCUCGCAGCACCCCUCGCAGGCCUCCCGUGGCUCACGAGCUGCAUCCAAGUCGGCGUCUUCAACGGCCACAGCCUCAACAACCGCCACGUCAGCAGCAGCUGCGGCGAAGGCUGAGUCGCAGGCUGGGAGCGAGGAGGCUGCCGUAUCCGAGGUCGGCAGUGGCGGAGAGCGCGUUGCCAGCACUACUGCCGCAGCUAGUGUUGCCGUACAACAUGUGCCUCAACCGCCGCCCCUCGCGCCCGUGGACAGCAUGCCCUGCAGUAUGGGACCGGAAGUGUCAUUUAAGUCUUCCCCGCGGCUGCAGCCGGAGCCGUCCAGUCCGAACGCCGAAACUCCAGCUGACCAGAGCAGCAGCGCGGCCUCGGCCUCGCCUACGUCGCCCUUUGCGAACAUGGCGACUGCUUCGGCGGUGGCUGUGGCUGCUGGGCUGGAUGGUGGGGCGAUGGCUGAGGACCAGCAGCAGCGUCAUUCCGCUGAGCCCGCUAAGGAGGCGGAUGAGGAGGUGGCCGACGAGCGCCAGCAGCUGCAAAGCCUAUCAGGAGAGGCCGACACGGUGAUUCUGGCUGAGGCCGUCACCGUACUCCGGGAGCCGGCUAAGGAGGAUGAGGCGGCGGAAGAGGAGGAUUUACAGUCAGCUCAGGAGGAGAGCGAGGAGCCGCUAACGCUGCUUGAAGAUGCCCAGGGGUCCGAGGUCCUACCGCCACAGCAGGAUCCUGUCGUGGAUCAGCCUGCCGAGGAGCCGCUUGAGCAGCAGGCCUUGCCGGCGGUGGUGGCAGCUGCUGUGGUUGCGGAGGAGGAGCAGCUUGAGACGGUUGCGAGAGCGCAGGCGGACGCGGAGGAUGAGGAGGUUCAAUCGCAGUUUGUGGAUGCCGCGUCGGUUCUCCCCGACGCCGACACUGACGCCGGUGCCGCUGGUGAGGCGCUGUCGGCGUCCUGGGAUGCGGGUCUGGUCCAAGAGCUCCUGCCCGUGAGCAGGAUGCCCUCGACUGAACGAUUGCCUUCGAUCGAGCGGCUCUCCUCUACCGAGCGGUUCACGUCGAGUGAGAGGCUGCCCUCGGGUGAGCGAUCCCUGGCCGAAAUCCUUGCGUCAGGCAACGGCAGCUUCUUCGGCGGCGUCGCCGGCAUGCUGGCAGAGGAGGAAGAUGAUGUGGAGGAUGAGCCUCAGGUGGUGGGGUCGCUGGUGGCGGACCUUGUCGCGAAGGCGGUGGUGGUAUCGCCAGGCGACGAGUCAGUCACGUCGCCAAAGGUUGUGGCGAUAGCUGUGGCGGAGGUGGUUGAGGAGGCGCCGGGAUCCCUGGCUGUGGUGCUGCCAACGGCGGUGACAUCGUCAACGGAAGUGGUAACGCCAGCGGAGACGGCGACGUCGACUGAGGCGGUGACACCGAUGGAGUCGGGAGCGACGCCGACAGAGUCUGGAGCCGCAAAGGCGUGUACGACAACGGCUGAGGAGCUAGCAGGGGCUGUGGCUGCAGCGAAGGCGACGAUGCUGGCGGAGGCGUCCACGCAGACGGAGUCGCCGGCGACAUGGCAAGCAACGUUGGCGGCGGCGAUGGCAGGAACGGUAGCAGCAGUGCAGGAGACGGCUGAGGCAGCUGCGCCAGCGACGGAGGCUGCAGCAUCGUCUCCGGCGGACGGAGAGGACAUCCCGGCAGCGGAGGAAGCCCUGGUGACGGAGGAAGCCCCGCUUGCAGAGGAAACCCCGGCGACCGAGGACGUCCCGGUUGCAGGGGAGAUGCCGGCCACAGAGGAAGCCCCGGCGACGGCGGAGGUCCCGGCCACGGAGGAAGCUGUGAGUGCCGAGUCCCCGCUGCCGCUUUCGGAGGAGGCUGUAUCGGACUCGGAUCCCGUAGCGGUGGCUGUGCCACUGGACCUGUUGGCGAUCGUAUCAUCGACACCGGCAACCGAUGAGCUGUUGGCGACACAGGAGCUGGUGCCCUCUGACUUGACGCCAGCAGUUUCUGCGGGAUCCGUGGAAGCAGCGGCAGAGGAGGCCGAGGCCGUGUUGGUGGAGGUGGAGAUGGAGGUUGCAAGUGAACUGGCUGAGGGCUUGGAGGAGGAGGGCGAGGAGCAGCAGCCGCUGUCCGUUGAGCAGGCGAUGCCAGCUGAGGAGACGCCGUUUGAGGUGUUGGUAACUGAGGAGAUGACGCCAGCUGAGGAGACGCCGGUUGACGUGGUGGCAGCUCAAGAGGAGACGCCAGCUGAGGAGACGACGCCGGUUGAGGUGAUAAUAGCUGAGGAGACGGCGCCAACUGAGGAGGAUGUGGUGGUGUCUGAAGAGGCGAUGCCAACGGAGGAGGUUUUGGAGGCAGUGGAAGAGGCGAUGCCCGCUGAAGAAAUAAUCGCAGCUCAGGCGACGGCAGCUGAGGAGAUGGCAGAUGAGGGGGCGACGGCAUCUGAGUAUAUGCCAGCUGAGGAGGCAACGGCAGGCGGGCAGAUGGCAGAUGAGGAGGCGAUGCCAGCUGAGGCCUUAGCAGCGGCAAUGCCGGAGGAGUUCCCCGCCCAGGCUGAGCUUGACGCGUAUGAAGUGUUGGAUGCCUCCUGCGACGCUACCUCCGAACCCGGUUCGAGCUCCCCAGCACACAGCCCUGCUGCUGGCAGCAACCUGCCCGUGUCGCCCACCCAGCAGCAGCCCGACGCCCCCCACGUCGUCUCUCCUUCCGCCGACGCCGCUGUGCCCACCGCCAGCAGCACCGCUGAGCCGGGCCAGCAGCCUGCAGAGACCUCGGUGGCCUCGGCUUCCAUGCAAGUUCCGGCUGCCACGACGCCCUUGGUCCCAGGUCCUUCCAUGACCCCCGUUUCGCCCCUAUCCCCAACCAGCCCGCAGCCCUCCGACCCUGGGUCAGGCAGCCCUCUGGCGUUCAGUCCCGAUGUACGAUUGCCACCUCCGCCUAUGGGCAACCUGGUCGCUGUGUCCACAACCGCUGCAGCGGCCGUCAGCCUUAACUGCAGCUUCUCCGCUGGCGGCGGCAUCCGUCCUGCCGCGACCGCCACUGUCACCGCUUCUGCCGAGAAUGUCGUCACCACGGACUCCGCUGCUGCCAGCGAAGCCGAUGAUGCGGAGACGCCAUUCGUACGGCCGGCGCGCUUCUGCUUCUCGCCGCAUGCGCCGCCGCCGACGCAUGAAGAGGGAGCGCUAGCUCACCUCAACCGCGUGUUUAAUGCGCAGGUGGGGCCGGAUGCGGCCGCUGCAACUGAACGCGAGGUACCCCAUGAGUGCAGCACCGACUUUGUCCCCCGUGCGCUGUCAAUCCGUGCGACCAUGCCCGCAUCAUGCCCCGCCGCCGGCGAGGCGCCCGAGUCGCCAGUCGGCCCACGCGAGCUAGACUUCAACUGCACCUACCCCAGGAAAGCAGACACCACGGCGGACAGCGAUGCGAUGGCGGACAGCGCAGAUGCGGCGAUUGAGGUAAAUACGCCUUCCAUGGCGGACAUGGGCGAUUUGCAGGCCGAGCCAGCAGUAGCAGUUGAGCCCUCGGCAGCAUACCAUGCUUCACCAGAAGCGCCGGAGUCAGCGGAGGAGGCGGAAGCCGGCAGGUCCGACGACGCAGCAGUAGCAACAACACCGGUUGCGGAGCCCUACGCUGACGAGGCGACUCCGUCAACAGCCGCGUCGGAAGAGGCGAUGUCCACGCCCGCAUUGGCUGGCGACCAUCUGUGUAGUGAGCAUGCAUCCGCCCUGGAGGCUGGCUUGCAUUCAGAAACGCAAGAUGCGGACGACGUCAGCUUCGGCAACGCCAGCCCAGCUCAUGGCGCCGGGAGCGAGCUGCCUGCCACUCCGGACAUCCCGCUUGAGGUUAGCAGCGAGGAUGAAUCCGCUCUGGUAUCCUCGUCGGCGGGCGGUGCGCACUCGCCUUGCGACGCCGCCAUGUACCACGGCGGCAGCAGCGCAUGCAGGUUUGGGGGGUACGGCGACGACGCUGAGAGCGGCGUCAUGAGUUCGGACGUGCCGCUGGAGGUCAGCGAGGAUGAGGUUGCGCCGAUGGAUGCUGCUGGGCUGCAAGGCGAGGUUGCUGAGUACUAUGGGGCUCUUCAGGGAGGAUGCGUUGAUAGCCACCACAGCCCCUCAGGCAGCAGCGCUUCGGGCAACCGCAGUAGCCCGCUGGGCAGCGCUUCAGGACGCAGCGAGGAGGAGGAGGAUGGCCACAGCAGUGCAGCGCUGGCUUCCGUGUAUGAGGAGAACGAUGAGGUGCUGUUGGAGCCGGAGCAGGAGGGGGCGGCUGAGGGUGUCGAGUCGGGAGCUGCGGAUUGUGGCUCCAGCGCUUGCGAGGGUAGCCCAGGUGGCGAGGCUGCGGAGGAGCGGGACGCCGAGCUAUGGGGAGAGGUUGCCGCCACAGACGGCGGCAGCCUGGGCUACACCUCCUGUGGGGCCAGGGAGGUUAGCUUCUGGGAGGCAGAUGAAGAGCAGGGGGUGGAAGCGGAGACGCAUUGCGAAGCUGCUUCAGGUAACGACAGCAGCGCAGGCAAUGGCGUCGCAGUUGGACAGCAUGACGGAUGCGUCGUCCAGGCGCCGCUCGCCGUCAGCACGGAGGAGAAGGCAGAUGAGCAGCUGGCUAAGGCACGCGACGAGGUGGCCGCUGAUGGGGCUGAUGAGGAGGUGCAGGCGCAUUGCGAAGCUGCCGCCGACUGUUGUGACGGCAGCGCAGGCAAUGACGCCGGUGCGACCAACGCCGUCGUCGGCGCCUGGCACGAGCAGGCGAGCGAGGAAGCUGCACCGAGCUGGGCGCGGCAUUGCGGGGCGGCGGCUGUUGCAGUCGUGCCUGGCAGUUUACACGUUGCUUGCCCGCACGGCGGCGACGCUGAGGGCAGUGACGUCAUCAGCAGUGAGCUCGUGCUGCUGACGGUUGAGGAGGUGCACGGAGCUGUGCCUUGCGAGGCUACGAUCCCUGAGGAGGAGGAGGAGAGCGCCGCAUGCGAGCGGAGCCUGAGUGGAGGCAACGCCUCAGCGGAGCUUGAGCAGGAGGCCAGCAUGGAGGGUGGCCUGCCUUUGCCUGCUGGUGGUUAUGAUGAGCAGGAAACGGCGGCGGAGGUGGAGGAGCUCGGAGCUGCUGCCUGUCCGGCUGCUGCUGACGGCAGCGCCGGCGACAACACCUCUGCUGACGACGAAGCGCCCAUGACUCCGGCGGCGGAGCCCGCGGACCCACCUCAAAUCACAGACCUGCUCCCUGCUGCAUCUCUGGGUCUAGAGCCAGGCAGCUGCGUGGCGGCUCCCCUGCUGCAGCCCGCCACAGCUUCCGCUCCCGAAGUCUCAUGGGCAGUAGCGGCAGCGGCGGGCAUGGCACACUCGGCGGCGGCAUGCGCGCCAGUCGACGACAGCCCUGCUGACGACGCGGGCGCCGCCUGCACCGCAGCGCUCGCAUCCCACGUCUGCAGCCCCAGCGCCAGCGCCAGCUCCGGUCCUAGCCGCGGCAACUCCCCCUGGCACUCCCACCAGGCCGCCGCCGGGCCCAGCCCGGUUCAGCGCCGGCGCCCUUUUGGCAAGCGCUCCCCUGGCUCGCUCACCUCCUCACCGCCGCGAACGCAGCAGGAGGCCCAAGCCACCAAGUCCUCGCCCUCCCAACGGGCAUCACCUUCCAAGACGUCGCCGACUCGCAGGGUUUCGCUCAACCAGUCCUCGCCGCCAUCACGUAAGCAGUCCCCCAAGGCAUCACCUCCCAAGCGGCGGCUAUCCACGCCUGGGGAUUCCUCCCCGGUAACCUGGGGCGCCCCGGCCUCCAGGGGCAGGGCCAUGCUGCCCCUGCGCUGCAGCUCCGAUGGCGGCAGCGUCACUCGCCGUACUCCGUACCAAACGCCGUCUCCUCCGCCACUGCCCCUGCCGCCGCCGCGCUCUGCGACGCCAACCACGACCGCUGGUCGCACGCCCCGUGCGACACCCGCCACAGCAGGACAGGGUCACCGCAUUCCUCCGCCGCCGGCAUCCUCCACCCCCACCUCCUCCCUGCCGUACCACCGACCCGGCUUCAGCCGCAUCCCGGCUGCACCGUCCUCCGCCAAGGUUUUGAGCUUUACACCGCCACGGGUCGCGGACGCUCACUCGCCGGCCGUCACCGCCACCCCGUCCGGCUCCCAGAACCCUGUACGGCAGACCCCGACCCCUGGCGCCGUACGUGCCACGCCGCGCCGCAUACCCACCGGCCCGGUGACGACGCCUUCCAGCGCAGCCGCAGCUCCAGUCGCAGCACCUGUGGACCCCUCCGCCGCUGCUGCUACAGCCACUGCGGCGGCUGCGCCGACGGCCCCUGCAGCGCCAUCCAACAACAGCUCCCUGGACAGUGCCUUCAUCACGUCUCCAGCUGCUCGGCUAGCGGGGUCGUACACGGCGGCCUAUCUCAAGGCCAAGCACCAACCCUCAGAGGGCGUGCAGCAGCAGCCUCAGAUGCGUCGCGGGCCCAGCAUCACUCCAUCCAUUGCGGGUGCUCCAGCCAACAGCUCCUCUCGCCCCUCUGGCGGCGGCUCCAUCCUGCCCCACAACUCAGCCAAUACCGCACCUCGCGACCCACGGGUCCCUCGCGGCGUCAAGCUGCACAACCCGCUCUUCGUGACCAACAGCACCGCCGCCAUGGACCUUGAUCUGAAUGGCGGCGUCUCCGCGACUGCCUCCAUCUCCGUCUCAGCCUCCAUGGAUGACUAUGAGGCAGAGCACGAUGAGGACCAGGAGUACGAGUUGUACCGCCAGGCACGCAUGGCUAUGGAGGCAGGCGGCGGCGCGGCCGUGUUGUCCGCGGCCGCGGCGGCCCAACGCCCAGCUCGCAACCACCGCUACCAGCCCGGCCUUGCAAGCUCGCAGGAGGACGUUCUUCCCGAGCAGUCGGAGGAGGAGGAAGAGGACGGCGAGGGAGCUCCCAUGCGGGGUUUGGCUCGCCAGUCGUCGCCAGCGUUGCAGCAGCAGCCGUUGCCGCAGCUCCGGGAGGGGCUCAGGAGUGGCAGUGGUGUUAGUAACAACGGGCGUCGCAGCACAUUUGGCGGCAUGGGCAGCAGCAACGGCGACCUCGGACAGAGCGGGAGGAGGUUUACCAGCAACGGCAGCGGUGCUGGGGGCUCAGUUGGUCGUAACGCGUUCGGGCGCUUCGGCUACACUGGAGGGGCCGGUAACAACGCUGCCGGCGGCAGUAGCCGCGCGAGCAGCGCUGCAAGCAGCGUCGGGAGCGUGCGCAGCGGCAUCCCAAAGCCUGCCGGCUUGAUGCGGUCUUGAGUUCCGGGAGGAUGUGAAACGCAAGUCAGAACGUGUGCCAUGUAUCCUCUUAAACCUGUCGUACAAUCGUAUGGCGUGUUAUUUACCCAUUUUCGUGCUCUGAGGUUGACCCCCGUUUCAUGUGACACCUGUGUGUGACUUGUGAUGUGUUGUAUCGACUUAGUCUGGCCCUUAUGUUUCGUUGUGUUACUCCAACUCGUUGCGGGGAUGAAGUGCGGCUGCGGGCUGUGUGGCUCCUGUGAGGCAGUGGUGACCCGUGGGUCGCAGUGGUGAGUGGCUUCGAGUGGUGUGUAGGUGGCAGGUGGGACGAGGGGCAAAGGACCGCGUGGUUGUUGUCACCCGGACAGGCCUUGCCAAAUGCAAGGGUCCGGGCUUUGGGUGUUUGCCUGAGUGUUGCGGGUUGUGCGGACUGUAGCCGGCAAUCCGGUGUUCAGGUACAUAAGACUCGCGGGUUGUUGUGCUGUGAGGCUGGUUGGCAUGUGUUUGGAAGGCGCGCUUUGCUCGUGUGGACGGGUCCUUUUGGGGGU